AUGGAUCGUUUUGAUGUUGGUUUGUUAUGGAAAUUAUGGUUAAUCAGUGUAAUAACAGUGAAUUGUAAUGCCAUACCAAAAGAAUCAUAUCAGAAUCAAAUACCUGUACAGGCAUUGUAUAAUGCUAGUGAUAAUGUUGUUAUUUUAAACGUCACUAAUUUUAAAUCUUCUGUCUACGAAGAUACAAAAGGUUGGUUAGUUGAAUUUUACAAUAGUUGGUGCGGUCAUUGUUUUCGAUUUGCACCGGUGUGGAAAGAAUUCGCUAAUGAUAUUUAUGCAUGGAGAGAUAUUGUAGUAGUUGCUGUAAUAGAUUGUGCUGAUGAUGAUAACAAUCCAAUCUGUCGCGAAUAUGAAAUUAUGCAUUAUCCAAUGCUUAAAUACUUUUCUAUAAAUGCACAUCCACCAUCAUUGGGAUUAUUAAUGGAAAAAUAUGAUGAUAUUAAUGAACUUAGACAUAAUUUAAUAGAUUUGUUAGAAAGAGAACAACAAGAAGGAAGAGGUAUUUCAUGGCCUAAUAUAGCACCAUAUAGAAAUUAUGAAACAACAAAUAUUUGGAAAGCUACACCAAAUAAUGUAAAAUAUGUUUUCUUACUGUUUGAAAGGACAGAUUCACAUUUGGGUGCUGAAAUUAUAUUAGAUAUGCACAAAAUUACAUUAUUACAAAUAAGAAGAAUAUUAUCUGACAAUGAAUUAUUAUGCGAGACAAACAAAAUCACAAAUUUUCCAAGUUUAAUAGUCUUAGGUCGCAAUGAGACACAAAAUUUUCUUAAAAUUAGAAUACCUACAAGAGAAGGUGUUUUCAAUACCAUUAAAGAAUUUCUGAUUUCAAAAGGAGAAACUAUUCAUGAACAAAAUUUUAUCAAAAAUCAUUCAAUAAAAAAUGAAAAUCAGAAGUUAAGUGUUAAUACUCCAAAACAACCACAGACAACAGAACAGCUAGAAAAUACAGAGAUAAGCGAAGAUUAUUUAUAUCAACUUGACUUGGAAAAUGCAUUAAAGUAUUCAAUCUCUCAUGAAAUUUCAUUACAGAAAAUGAUAAAAGAUAAAAAAAUGGAUGCAUUGAAAAAAUAUUUAAAUGUUUUGACUGAAUAUUUUCCUUUGAGAUAUGGUAACAUUUUUCUAGAAACCACUAGAGAUAUUAUUAAAAAAAGAAAUAAUAUAUCUGGGGAGGAAUUUAGUCAAAUAAUAAAAUCUAUAGAAGAAGAAAUGUCACCUGUAUACUCUGGACCUUCAAAGUGGAUUGGAUGUAAAGGAAGUAAAGAAAGAUAUCGUGGGUAUCCCUGUGGCCUUUGGACAAUGUUUCAUAUGUUGACGGUUAAUUUUGCUAUCCUAAAUAAAAAUGUUGAAUAUGAACCAAGAAAAAUAUUAGAAGCAAUACAUGGAUACAUAGAAAACUUUUUUGGAUGUGCUGAUUGUGCUCAACAUUUUGUUCAAAUGGCCGCAAAAAACAAAAUGUUUGAUAUAUCUAAUGCUAAUGACAGUAUUUUGUGGUUAUGGUCAGCUCAUAAUGAAGUAAAUACAAGACUAUCAGGUGAUGAUACAGAAGACCCAAAACAUAAAAAAAUUCAAUAUCCAGCAGCUGAACAUUGUCCAAAUUGUAAAUAUGAAAAUGGUACUUGGAAUGAAGAAAAUGUUCUAGUUUAUCUUAAGACAAAGUAUAGUUAUACAGGAAUAAAUUAUUAUGAUUCAGUCAAAACACAUAAGAAUAAUAAUGGUAAUAAUAGUAAUAAACUAAAAAUAAGACAAGAAAGACUAGUACUAAGUAAAUAUACAAAUAAUAAGAAAACUGGAUGGGAUUUUACAAUUUUUGACAUAAGCAUUUGUGUCGUGUUAUAUGUUGCAUCUGCAAUCAUACUUAUAUUAGUUUGUAUAAAAUUUGCAGUCAAAAGAACUUACAGAAAACGACAUUACGUCAGUUUAUUUGCAAAAUGUGAUUUUUAUUUUUGUUAAUAGAGAAAUAUAAAAUUUGAAAAAGAAAUCAGUUUUAAAAAAUUAAUAAAAUUAAAAAUAUAGUUAUGUUUAUAAAUAUAUUGUACAUAUAUUAUUUCGAAUCGUACAGUUUUUUUUACAAGAACAUAAUAAGUAUACAGUUUUAAUUACUCUUUCAAAUGAUAUUAAUUAAAAUCAAAGUAUAUUAUAUAUUUAUUCUUAUUUAUUACGAAUUUAAUGUAUGAGAUUAUGUAAGAGUGGGAAAAACAUGUUGAUAAUUAUCUAAUCUUAAUGUAUAAAAUUUUAUAACAAGAUUAUAUGUUCUUUUUUUGUCAUGAGACAUCAAUUAAAUUAUGUCAAUACAAAUAUAAUUGUACAUUCAGCAUUAUUGCAUUAAAAUGAAAAUAUGUAGUAAAAGUUAAUUAAAUAUUUAAGUUUAGUAUAUAACACCAUAUAACUAUUGA